AUCGCUGGGAUGGUCGCGCGCCUCGUCUGCGUGCUGAGCGCGAAUUAAACUGCAACGGACACCGGGGGAGGUGUCGAUUGAAGAUGGACGAUUAUCUUGAUAUCUUCCUGGAGGAUCAAAAGGCUAAAGUGGCAGCAGAGAAGGCCCUUUUGGAGCAGGAUCCUCCAUAUAUGGAAAUAAGGACAAGAACAUGUGACGGACGCGACUCCAGUAGGAAGGAAAACAUCCCUCCUGCCCAAGAGCCCUACCGUGUCCAGGGGAAAGAAGCUGGCUUGAGCCUGCCACUGGGGGAUGACUAUGAGAGGAAGAAGCAGAGGCUGCAGCAAGAGUUGCGCCAGGACUACAGGUGCUACAUGGCUCAGUUACAGGAUCGCCACUCAGCCUCCAGAGCUGCUCCAGUAGCACCUGAUGUUCUCCUCAGUCCAAGACCUCCAGUUCCUCGAGAAUCGCUCCGUUCCAUGAGAGACGUCGCCACCUUGACAGAGACCAAAUCAGGACCACCCAGGGGCCAGAGUCGGUUGAUAGAGGAAGAGACUCGGGAAAGCAGGCUAAGAGGCGCAGUAAUGGACAGUGACUCAAUGCUAGAUUGUUCUGAAGAGGAGAUGGACUUCCCAGAUCAGGGACGGGACAGCAGGAGACACAGAGUUGCAGGCAGGAGAAGACACAAGUUCCGCUACAGAACGGACAGAGUGGAUAAGCACAGUAGAGGCUUGGAGCUCUGUGAAGGACAUGACUACAGAGGGGGGAGGAGUCUGGAGCUCCCUGGAGAACAUGAGGACUAUAGAGAGAGGAGGAGCCUAGAGCUCUACAGAAAUUGUGAUGACCACAGAGACAGGAGGGCUCUAAGACUCCAUGAAGGACAUGAUGUCUAUAAUGAGAGGAUGAGGCUGGGAUUCUUUGGAGGCCAUAAGGAGUACAGAGGGGGCAGGGGUCUGGAGCUCCUUGGAGGACAUGAGGACUACAGAGAGAGGAAGGGUUUAGAACUCCAUGGAGGCCAUGAAGAUUACAGAGGGAGGUGGAACUACUGGAAGCCACUAAGAAAACCACAGGAGCUCCAUCAGCAAUCCAGAUGUGGAGUGGACAGUGUUAAGGCAGAGUUUGCAACCGGACUGAUGAUUGGGAUGAAAGAGGCAGAGGAGGAGCAGAGGAGGAGGAAAGAGCACUACAGACAGGAGCUGCAGGAGCAGAUUGCUCAGCAGCGAAGGAACAGAAAGAGGGAGAAGGACCUGGAGCUUCAUGUAGCUGCAACCGGAGUAAAUGACCCUGAAAAACAGCCAGAUCGUAUCCCACAGUUGUCCCGUGGAUGGAGGGCAGUCCAGCAGCGGCCCUGGUCUGGCUUGGGGAAUGUGGCCUGGAGAUCUCCACCCCAUGGCCACUUAACAGAAGAACAGGAGCCCCCAGAGCAGCCGCAUGUAGCCUUCAGGUCCCCCGUACUGAGGGCGCUGGCAGGAAUGAGAGAGGGCGGGACCAACCCUCCUAAAGAAGACCCCCAGAAAGGGCUCUGGAACAACCUGGGACUGAGCAGCCCCAGUGUCCCCCCUCUUCCAGCAUCCGCUCUGAGCGAUUCCUACAGACCUCUCUCGGACAAAGCCCAAAACUACCACAGUGCAAGAAGGUGGCUGAACCCCAGCUGGAACUGUCAGCGAAUGGUCCAAGAUGGACUACAGGGGGUCCGACCAUAUACCACAGCCCAGGAAACAUCUCCUCCAGGAGCCCCGCCAGUUGUAGGCGAUUGGACUGGUACUGCUCCCCCAGCAGGGAGGAACAAGCAGGCAAAGAAUGUUGUGCAGAGCUACCGGGAGGAGCUGAAGCAGCAGAUACAGGAUAGGGAGGAGCAGCGGAGGCAGGAGGAGGAGCACAGGAAGUGGUCCGAGGCCAAGCUAGAGGAGGAGAUGAAGGCCUACAACCCAUGGGGUCGGGGUGGAGGUGGAGCACCCCUCAGGGACCAGCUGGGGAACCUCAUUGCUGACCUCAACCAGAUGCACAAGUCUAAUGAGGAGGCGUACCUCCAUCCUGAAUCCCGAGACCACUGGAGACCAGGGCCAGGAGCUCUCAGCAGCCCACUCAGAUUCUCUGGUCACACGUCUGCUGAGAUACCCUCUUCAGUUCUUGACAGUGUUUCCGCUGAGCCAUCCACACCUCAACCACUUUGUGAACAAGACAAGUACAAGGAGUUCCUCAGGCAGCAGAUCGAGGAGAAGCGGCGAAGGCAGGCAGAGGAGCAUGAGCGGCAAAGGCUCAUGGAUGAGAAGGAUGACAAGAGAGUGGCAGUGGAGAGAGCCAAGAUGCUGCGAGAGUUCGAGGAGGAGCAAGGGAAGAAGAAGAAGAAGGAGAUGGAGCAAAAGGCCAAGAAUGAGGAUCUGCUCCGCCAGGCAGAGGAGUGUCGCAGGGAGGAGCAGCGCAGGAAACAGGAGCAGGAGGAACAGCGCCGGCUGGAAGAACAGCAGAGACUAGAGGAGCAGCGCAGACAGCAGGAGCAGCAGAGGCAGGAGGAAAAAUGCAGACAGGAAGAGCAGCAGAGGCAGCAGGAGGAUCAGGGAAAAAGGGAGAGACUGUUUCGGCCAGAGGAGGUUUCCAGACAGCCACCCCUUCCCUGUGCCACUCAGCAGAGAAGACAGGCCUCCCAGUUCAUGCCCCGCCCCCCUUUGGUUGACCACUGGUACCCCACAGCCCCUCAGUCUGAGCAGUCGGUCCUACCUCCUCGGUCCCCACCAGUCCCAGCACGGAGGAAUCAGCUGCGUGCCGAAGAGGAGAGACAGGACAUCUUGAACAAGCUGUCCGCCUUGAGCAGGAGGCUGCGUGCUGAACAGAGGCGUCUGGAGGAGCAGCUGCUGCAGGCAGACAUAGAGGAACGGGCUUCAUCUCCAAGAGUCAGGUCCAGGGAGAGCCCCCUGCUGGAGGCAUUUGACAUGACCAGGCUCAGCCUGCAGGCACCAGUACGGAGACCCAUCUCCAAGACCACAGAACCAAUCAACACCCGUAAGGACCUGAAACUGUUAGAAUGGAAAGGUAGCGACCGUCCUGAGGAGCGCACCUCCUCGCUUGGCCCCCAAGGGAAAGACCCCAGUCUGUCCAGUUUGCGGGGAGAGCAGCACACCGCAGGCAGCCGUUUGCUGAGGAAGGGUAUCAGGGAUGAUGGACGUGUGUGGGCUGGAGAUGAACAGACCUGUCGUUCGAGUGUGGAGCCAUCUCUCCAGAGCUCCCUCUUAGAAUCAGAGAGCACUUUCAUUGGGCCCAGAGGACAGGCCCUCUCUAUAACUCGGGAGCCUGAACGGACCAGCCGCCUGUCUGCACGGGAACGCCGCAGACUCUCCAGGAGGACCGACGCCAUUGACGAAGUGAGGCCCAGUGAGAGUGGCUCAUCCAUGGAGAUGGUCAACAAGGAGUGCUGCGUGAGACCCGAUACCUCAGACAACCUGAAGCACCUGCUCACCAGUCAGAACCCAAGGCAGAGUCUGUCCAGCAGGUCCCUGGUGCCUACCUGGGAUGGUCCGUCCACCUACCAUGGCUGAAUGUGUCUGAACUUGCAUCCCUGACACAAAAAACCGUUUGUACAGGGCUAUCAAGCGCGAUGGACCCUUUUGCCUCUGCAUCCUGUCAUUACAGUUAGGUAAAUGUGCCAUGUUGUACCUCAUUUAUUCCAAAAUGCUGGCCCAGGAUCUGUGCAGGGUUCGCCCUGAUACAGAGACUGUUCACAUUCCGAUCAUUUCCACAGUCAUUUGGUGCUGAGGCCGCGGGUCCUUGGACCUUUGCCACACAUCCUCUAUAUUCUGCUUCUGUGAAAUAGUUUGGAAUUUGAGGUUAAUUAUGCGUGGAUGUGCAGUUUUGUCUAAAUUAGCAUUAAUUUUACUAUUUAUAGCUUGUAAUAUGCAGAGUUAAUAUGUACAUAUUGAAAAUGUUUUGUUGGAUUUUUGUCAAAAUUUUA